UCUCCCUUGGCUCUAGCUAGCGCAGCAUCAGCAUCAAGCAGCAAGCACGGCGAGAGCUCGGCUGCAGCUGGACCGCCGGCGAUGCAGGGUGAGGAGAAGAAGGGGAAGGUGAAGAAGGGGUGGCUGGCGGUGAUGGUCGACGAGGACCAGCGGCGGUUCGUCAUCCCCAUCGCCUACCUCUACCACCCGCUCUUCUGCCGGCUGCUGGAGGCGGCGCGGGACACCUACAGCUACCACUCGUCCGGUCCGCUGUGCCUCCCUUGCUCUGUCGAGGAGUUCCUCCGCAUGCGCGCGCUCAUCGAGCGGGACACGCACUCGUCCUCGUCAUCGCACCGUGUGCACAUGGCCCCGUGCACCCGCGCUAAGGUCACGUCGUGAUUGAUGAUCGGCUGUGAGCACGACGACGGUGAGCACCGGAGAGCGUGCGCUGGACUACGCUCAUCUGCCGAUACGGAUACAUGCGUGUACCAUGGAGAGAGGAGAGGGUAGGUGAUUAGUCUGGGAUACUGCUUCUGAUUUUGGUUUUGGCCUUCCGUUUCUUCCGAUUUUUGCACAUGCAUGUAUACUAGAUAGAUUUAUACCGAUGUAUAUAUAAUUGACAUUUGGAUUCACA